AUGUCUUUGCAAGAUCACCAAAUCUCUGAACAUGCGCCGAACUACCAGCCAAUGGCGCAUGAUCGUUACGACGAAGGUUCGUUACAGGACCCCAUUGACAUCCCCUCGGAUUCCGACGACCCGACUAAUACCAGUUGUUCCUCCACUACCUCGUCAGCCUACGGGUCCAGUCCGCAGCCCAUCGAGGUCGUCAACCUUUGUAUUCUUACGGUUGCCAGAGUUCAAGAACUCGUUCGCUUCCGCCGCCGAUUGCGCAUUAUUGCAGGACAGCGAGUUAUCAGGCUAGGUUCCAGUCGUGGUAGGCGAUCCCAAGGUCACCGCGCUGUCUCCAACCGAGCUGUUCUGGCACUCAGGGAUAUUGAGCGCGAACUGGAGGACUUAAUUGAGGACUGCAUCAUGAUCCGAGCUGCCGUAUGA